AUGAAGACAGCCAGAUGGUGGUCGGCGGCAAUUUUACUGUUGGGGCUCGCUGUGCUCAGCACCGACGGGAGACCCAACAAAGAGGAAUUUGGGUCGCCGCCCUAUCGACCAGUCGUGAGAUUCCGACACAAGGAUGGGAUCCCUGAGAGCUUAAGGAUAAAGGGUUUUAUGGGGCACAAUGGCUAUCCAGGUCCAUGCGAACAUAAGUACUGCGGCCUGGGGCGUCAUUGUGUGGUCAACCAUGAGACCGACCAAGGGGAGUGUAAGUGCUUGGAUCACUGUAAACCACACUAUAAACCUGUGUGCGGUUCAGAUGGAAAGCUGUACCAGAACCAUUGUGAGCUCCACCGGGCCUCUUGUCUUAGAGGACACAGGAUUACCAUCAUGCACAGUGAGGAGUGCUUCUACAAAGACGAUGACUGUAGAUUGAGUGACUACCGUCGGCUGAAAACCAAGAUUCUGGAUCUGCAUGAUAAAAGAUACAUGGGGUCUCACGUCCACGGGGCCCACAAGGACAACAUGGCUGUCAGGAAGCAACUGGUUGAUAUGAUGUUCAAACGUUUUGAUGCUGAUAACAACGGUCAAAUAGAUGCCAGCGAACUUUCACAGGUCAUCAAGCAAGAAGGUUUUUCCAAGGACAUCUCAGAGUGCACGCUGUUCGAUCUGCUGAAGUACAACGACGUCAAUGAUGACGAGCACCUGACCAAAGAGGAGUUUUACACAGCUUUUGAUGUGUACCUGCUCAACCUUCCAGAUGACCAGAAAGUAAGCGUGACCACAGUAACAGUCGGUCAGAGCGCUGUGUUGACUUGCGCCAUCACAGGGGAGAGGAGGCCUCCUAUAUUGUGGAAGAGGAACCAUCAAUAUCUAAACUCCUUGAACCUGGAAGACAUCAAUAUCCCGUCCCAGGACUUUGGAGAUGAUGGCUCACUGUACAUCACCAAGGCGACCACGACCCACAUGGGCAACUAUACCUGCCAUGCCGAUGGUUACGAGAAACUGUUUCAGACCCACAGUCUCCAAGUGAAUGUUCCUCCUGUCAUUCGAGUGUACCCUGAGAGCCAAGCCAGGGAGCCGGGCGUCACUGCCAGCCUGCGCUGCCAUGCUGAGGGAAUCCCCAGCCCCCAGCUGGCCUGGCUGAAGAACGGCAUGGACAUCACAACCAAGCUGUCCAAACAGCUCACCCUGCAAGCUAAUGGAAGCGAGGUGCACAUCAGCAACGUGCACUUUGAGGACACCGGCGCCUAUACCUGCAUUGCUAAAAACGAGGCUGGUGUGGACGAGGACAUCUCUUCGCUAUUUGUGGAAGACUCUGCACGCAAAACUUUGGCAAACAUUUUGUGGCGGGAAGAAGGUCUUGGCAUUGGAAACAUGUUCUACGUGUUCUAUGAAGACGGCAUUAAAGUUAUCCAGCCAGUGGCAUGCGAGAUACAACGACAUAUUAAGCCCAGUGAAAAGCUGCUGGCUCUGCAGGAGGAAGUGUGCCCCUCUGUAGCAGGAGAAACAGUCCAGAGGUGUGUGUGGUCAUCAGCGGUCAAUGUCAAGGACAAGUUUAUUUAUGUGACACAGCCAACCUUGGAUCGAGUGCUCAUUGUUGACAUCCAGUCUCAGAAGGCUGUCCAGACGGUGAGCACUGACCCGUAUCCUGUGAAGCUCCAUUAUGACAAAUCACACGACCAGGUGUGGCUGCUCAGCUGGGGAGACAUGGAGAAGAACUUCCCUACUCUCCAGGUGAUCAAUCAGGCCAGCGGAAGAGUGUCUCAUCACACCGUUCACACUCAGCCGGUCGGCAGGCGCUUCGACAGGGUGGACGACUUCUUCAUCCCUGCAUCCAGCCUCAUCAUUAACCACAUCAGAUUUGGCCUCAUCCUUCAUCGAAAUGAGCCUGUCCUCUACAAGAUCGACCUGGAGACGUUGUCGUACGUUAAAAACAUCAGCCUGCGGGAGUAUAACUGCAUUCCCAAAUCUGUGGCCUACACCCACCUUGGCGGCUACUACUUUGUCAACUGCAAGCCCGACUCCACCGGUGCCUCCCAGCCCCAACUCAUCUUGGACAGUGUGACUGAUAGUGUGAUCGGUCAGAAUCGCGAUGUCACUGGCACACCCUUUGUGUCUCCAGACGGCCACUACUUGGUGACUGUUGAUGACGGCGAUGGUCUGAUGAGAAUCCAGAUUAUCUCAGAGCACGGAGAGAUCCAGGAGCCCUUCGACAUCCACACCAACCUUCACCUAUCUGAUCUGGCCUUCCAGCGCUCCUUCACCGAGGUCCACCAGUACAACGUGUUUGGCAGUUCCGGCCGCCAAACUGAUGUUCUGUUUGUGGAGCUCAGCACCGGCAAAGUCAAGAUGAUUAAGAGCUUGAAAGAGGCCAUCAAGUCAUUCGACUGGCCGUGGAGCAGUAGGAACAGGGUAAUGGCUGGCAGCGGACUGUUCGGACAGUACCUCAUGACCCCGUCCAGAGAAUCCCUCUUCAUCCUGGACGGACGGCUCAACAAGCUCAACUGUGAGAUCACUGAUGUCCUCAAAGGCAACGUGUUGGUGUGGGUUGGGGAUUCUUAG